AAAACCCAUCCCCAUAUAAACAACAGCACAUUGUCCUCUCUCUUACCCUCACCCUCUCCUACUUCCAAGAGGGAAGACUCAACACUUGGCUCCUUCCACAAUAUAUUAAUUCCACAUCUUUCACAUCUUUCUCUGAGAAUGAAGCCCAAAUGCCUUUCCAUCACUUUCCUCUGCAUUUCUCUCAUCUUACUCCCUACCCUGAUUUUAUCCCAGUCUUGCCAAAGAACGUGUGGCAAUCAACACCUCAAAUAUCCUUUUGGCAGUGGCCCUGGUUGCGGUGAUCCACGCUUCCAGCCAUAUGUAACUUGUAGCCAAGAAAAGCUCACCUUUAUAACCCACACGGGCUAUUACACCAUCACCAACAUAGAUUACAACUCUCAAGUUUUGUGUAUCACAGAUCCAUCCAUGUCCACUUGCUCUUGUGCACAGCCAAGCAAAGGCUUUGGCCUAGAUUGGAAUGCUCCAUUCAGUUUUCAUGACGGCAAUGUCUUUGCUCUACUUGACUGCUCAAUUACUUCAUCACCUAUUUACAAACCAGACGGCCUCUAUGGUGGUGGAAACAGCACCCUGGUCCCUUUAUGUGAUAGCGAGGGUGCACCCAUUUGCAGUCUCCUCUAUUCUUGCAGACCAAUCAUCGUGCUCAACAUCCCAAUCUCCACAUGCUGUGUUUACACGCCAGUUGAUCUUGGGCCCUCAUUUGAAAUGGAUUUGCAGAAGUUAAAGUGCACUUCAUAUUCCGGGUUUUAUAGUUAUAAUGGCCAGGAUUCUAACCCACAGAGUUGGAAAUAUGGAGUGGCACUAAAAUAUAAGUUCAGUAUCAAUAACGACUAUCCGGGCGCAUGUGCUGACUGCGAGAAGAGUAAUGGAGUUUGUGGGUAUACUGGAGAUUAUAAUUCAUUCAUCUGCAACUGUCCUGGUGGGGUGAACACUACAGGGAAUUGUUUCUUCUCGGCAUAUUGGAACAACGGUUUGAGGCCUCUUCCAUGGCAAACGGGAAUUUGGCUGAUCUAUUAUCUGGCAUUGAUGGUUUGGAUCUCGUAGAUUGUGAAGAUCAUGGGCUGGGGCCCCCACGUGGGAACCAGAUUACAACACCUAGAGGGUCGACUUCUUCUAGGUGAGAUCUCUCCAGUUUGAAUGGGCAAAACUCUUCAAGGCUACCAUUAUGUCAAGGUAAAUUAUGAGGAAUGAGAAUACUAUUAAAGAUGGAAGAGAUGUUCAAAAGACCAGUACUGCAGUUUCAUCUUUUGUUCAUUUUUAUUUCUUUAUGUUGCAGUGUAGACUUUAGGAGUGAAGUCCUUUUUGUUGGUGUCAAAAGUGAAUAUGGCCACGACAGGGCAAUCAAGAGAAAUAAUUUUACUUUCCUGUAGAAACAUGGGCGUAUUGUAGAAACUUUUCCAAAAUCACACAAUUUUGAUUGUGCAUGCUAGGGCAGAUUGUUUGACUGA